CACUGCUUCAUAAAUCAGCUGUCAGCUGGAGGAAUUGGUUUUUUUUUGUUGUGCGCUGGCGAAAAAGAAGAAAAAUUGCAGUUCUGGUGUUUUGCUAGUGAUUUUCGCCAUUCUCUGAACUUUGGCAAGGCCCAGUUUAUUCAAAGGCGGUUACUACAUUGGAGAUGGCCAUAGGAGGAAGUCGGAUUUUCAAUUGGCUUUUGCUGGCCGCUUGGAUGGCGUCAGCAUAUGCCGACGUCACGGGUGGCAGUGGUGGUGGAGGUGCUACCACGCAAAAUGCCCUGCUACUGGGAAAGAAGCACAAAGAAACAUCGGAAGCGGCAACUGGCACUAGCCUGUCCCAGUCGGGAGUGUGCCCACGAAUGCUGCGCCACGUAUUCGAGAAUGCGACACCGCGGGACGAACAGCAGGCCGGAGUCUUUGAGGAAUACAAACCGUCACCGGACAGCGCGGAACCCAUCGAGGAGGAGGCGUACCUGUGGAACUGCCUUCAGGCCUGCUGCGACAAGCGCAACCACACCAUUCCCUGCAACGUGGUACUGGUUUUCAAGGGAAAGUGCUACCACAUCCGCUGCAAGAACGAUGAUGGCUGCUUGCCCAAGCAGCGGAUUCGACUGGCCAACGAGAAGGUUCAGAUGGUGCUGGUCAACCCAGUGGGCGAGGCCUCCUGGCCCCAGCUCCUGAAAGCAGAGGCAGCCAAGCAGAAUGCCGAGAUCCUGCCGUACGAUGAGGCAGCCCUGAAUUUCUGGAAGCAGCCCAGGCGAUUGGGAUACCUAGCGUCACGAAAUCAGGAAUCCCCUGCCUACGAAGACGAGGAUUUCCCCUUGGCCGACAAACGAAUGAAUAGCCAGAUGAUCCUCCAACCGGACGAGACUGAUGUGCUGGCCAAUGGGGAGCUUGGUUACUACGAUCAGAAUUCGAAGUUCACUGCCUGCGACAUCGAGAAUCCCUGCCCGCCACCCCAACAGUGUGUGCCCCUGCAGGCCAAUGCUGUGACGGGAGUUUGCACCUGUCCGAAUGGAUUUGUGUGGAACAAGCAGCGUAAGUGCGUGAUGGCGGCCAUUCCGUACAGCUCCUACCUCACCAGCAACGAGGUCGUGCAGCCAGAAACGGCGGCUAGUGACAAUUCGCCAGAGGUAUCGUCCUCCCCCUCAAAAACGGAGCAAAACAAAGACAUCGUGGUGUCGGUGAUGUCCAAGGAGGUUCGCCUGCCGGAGCAGGAGGUGACACUAGCUGCCUUCACGGUGCCCGAUGAGCAAACCAGCAACACCAAGUACAAAUAUCUCUGGACACUGAUCUCCCAGCCGAAGGGACCAAUGAACGGCACCAUUUCCGACCAGAGCAAGUCCAAGGUGAAGCUAUCGAACCUUUCGGAGGGAUUGUACACCUUUAAGGUCACCGUAACGGGCGACAAUGGAACUUUUGGCGAGGCGACGGCCAAUGUGACAGUGCUUCCCGAGAACCGCAUCAACCAGCCGCCACAGGUUAUUAUUUCUCCCCGGGAGCAGAUCAUCCGGCAGCCCACCACAAAUGCCAUAUUAGAUGGCAGCACAAGCACGGAUGACGACAAAAUCACCAACUGGCACUGGGAGGUGAUCUCGGGGCCCAUCGGCUAUCAGCCAGUGCUGCCCGAGGUUAACACCCUCCAGCUAGAUCUCACUUCACCGGGAAACUACACGUUCAAGCUCACCGUAACCGACUCGAACAACAUCACCAACUCCACAACGGCCACGAUAGCAGUGCUGAAGGAAACCGACUAUGCUCCAGUGGCCAAUGCUGGAGACGCCGUCAUCCUCUAUCUGCCGAACAAUAAUGUCACUCUGAAUGGAACGGCCAGCUCUGACGACCACGAGAUCGUGGCAUGGGAGUGGACAAAGGACGCCAGUGACGAGGCCAAAGCUGUGGAUAUGCAAAAUACCAGGACUCCAUACGUCCAGCUAUCCAAUCUGGAGGAGGGCAUGUACACCUUUGUUCUGAAGGUUACUGAUGGCAGUGGCCAGUCUAGUACGGCCAAGGUUCAUGUCUUUGUGAAGCCUCCAACGAAUUCUCCACCAGUUGCCAACGCGGGUGCCAAUUCGACGACUAGCUUACCCAUCAACUGGGUGCUUCUCAAUGGCUCUGAAUCUAAGGAUGAUAUAGGCAUCAAAUCCUAUCUAUGGAAGCAGUUGAGUGGCCCCAACAACGCUGUCAUUUUGAAGUCCAACUCUUCGAUGGCAAAUGCCACUUCCUUGACGCUGGGCCUCUACCAGUUCGAGUUGAGUGUCUCGGAUGAGAAUAACAACACCGCCACUGACACCACCUGGGUGAAGAUAGUACAAGAACGCAAUGCACCUCCGAUAGCCAAUGCUGGUGGUGAUCACAGCAUCACCCUGCCGGCCACUGCAAUCUACUUCAAUGGCUCCAAAUCCUGGGAUGACCUGGCGGUUGUAAAGUAUGCCUGGACGCGGGAGGACAACAGCCUGGCAGCUGGUGUCAUUGUAGCCGACACCGACAAGCAACCAGUGAUGAUUCUCACCAACCUCGUCAAUGGACGCUAUGUGUUCAAGCUGACCGUGAGUGAUGAUCAGGGUCUAACCAGUUCGGAUACGGUCAGCGUGAACGUCCAUCCCGAUCCCAUGCUGAUGCACCUCGUCCAAAUGACCCUGCCCAUGGGCAUCUCAGUGCUCUCCCAAUCCGAGCUGGAUUCGGUGGUGCAGAAACUGCAGCUGUUACUCGGAGAUGAGAACAAAAUCCAGAUCAGGGAGCUUAACUAUGACCUGCAUACGGGGGCGGCUGUUCUGGUCUUCUAUGUCAACGAUGGCAACGGAAAGCCUGUCGAUGGCUUGCAUGUGGAGCGCCAGUUGAGGGCCCAGCUGCAAAAGGAUGCCUCGAUCCUGGGUGCCCUUUUUGUGGACAUACGCACAACGGUUUGCCAAAACAACUGUUCCGGUCACGGCAGCUGUAAUCCCACCACAAGAGCCUGCAUAUGUGAGGCUUUCUGGAUGCCUUCGGCUGGGUUCUUCUUCAACAAUCAGGAGGCCAAUUGCGAUUGGUCUAUCCUCUACGUGUUUGUGGGAGUCAUUGUGGGCUGUCUUCUGUUGUCGGGGGUCUUUUGGGGCAUUGCCUGCGCCUGCCGUCAGUCGAAAAAGCCACGUCAGCGCCAAAAAGUGCAAAAGUAUGCUCUGAUAGGUAACCAGGAUGAGGAGGCAGCUGGUUAUUCCCGUAACACAUCGCUGACUGAAUCGGAAACCGAUUCCGAUGUCCUGUUCGAGACGCGCACAAAGUCCAACGGCUUGGGCAAACACAAGUCUCACCAUCAUGGCAGCAGUGGCGGCAGUGGCUCCUCCGGCCGCGAGGGACACAAAUAUGGCAUCCAAAAGCUGGGCCGCAAGAUCAAGGCCUAAUUAGGCCGUUUAUAUUAAGUGUGUGUUAGUCGAUCAACUAUACUGUGUGUGUGAUAUAUAUACUUUUACUCUCGGAUCUUUUGUACUUUCCGGCCACACCAAUUCUCUGCGUGUGUGUGUGUAUACUUGCCACUUUAUAUGUUCCUUUAUGUACAAUUACCUAUGUUAAGUAUUUUUAUUCAUUUAUUUCUUAUUUAUAAGCUGCUGCUGUGCAAUAACGUUUUAUGUUUACUUUUAUUUAAUGGAAAUAUUUUACCUCGAUACUUUUUAAUGUCUGUAUAUAGAGAUAGCUGUUCACAAUCAAUGUAACAAACGACAUGUAACUGCUUAAAAGUGCAUUAUAUCCACAUUAAACGAAACCAAUAGAUGACAAAAA